AUGGAGACCAACCUCGCAGCCACCUCAGCAGCGCGCAAAGAGCGCCUCAUAGCGCUUCGAAAGCGGAAAGAGCAGGUCGAUGGGGGAAACGGAACGAACGGAGCUGGACCAUCACAUUUCACAUUCAAGCAGCGGAACUUUGAUCCGGAGACACGGCAGAACCGGAGGCGGGAAGCAGGAGAGGAUGCGGAAGAUACGGUGGAGAAGGCGGUAGAAGGAUUGGCAGAGCAGAUUAUACAAGAGGAUGAGGCCAAGCGGGCGGAGGAGCUGGACCUCUUCAACAUCCAACCCAAACGCGCAAAUUGGGACCUCAAGCGGGACAUGACAAAUAGGAUGUCAAAGUUAGAAAGGAAGACGAAUGAGGCUAUCGCGACGAUAUUCCGGCAAAGACUACAAGCUGCCAAGAAGCAAAAUCCACAGGCGGUCACAGCGGACGAGGUGAAUCUGGUAGCUGCCAUGAACGCAGAACGGACGGAGCGGGAGGGCGGAGCGGGCGAGGACAGCGAAGAGGAUUAG